GGUGGAUAUUUCAGGUUCCGCAAGGAGAAAGAAGGUGUGGCGGAGAAAAACUUUUCCGGUUCAAAACUAAAAUCCAGAGUAACUUCCCGUUAUCAUGGCGUCUUUAUGGGAUGACUUGGACAGUCUUGUGAAUUCCCCUUCCUCGUUUGAAGCAACAACUGGAGAGAGAGGAACCAUCAAGCCCAAAGCAGACUUUGAUGCAGGAGACGAUGUUGUGGCACUGAGGAAGGCCAUUGAAGGACUUGGCACCAAAGACAAGGUUUUAAUUGACAUUUUGACCCAUCGAAGCGGCGCUCAGAGGCAGCUCAUCUGUGAAGCUUACCUUGGAGCCACUGGAAGAACUCUAGUGGAGGACCUGAAAGGAGACACCAGCGGAGACUUUGAGGAGCUGCUGGUCGCGCUCGUCACCCCGCCUGCAGUGUACGACUGCCAUGAAGUGAUGCGGGCCAUGCAAGGAGCUGGGACAAAGGACAGCGUCUUGAUUGAAAUAUUUGCCUCCAGAUCCAACCAACAAAUUAAAGCUCUCUCUGAUGUCUAUCUGGAAGAAACCGAGAAGAUGUUGACCCUUGACCUGAAGAGUGAAGUUUCCGGAGACUUUUCCAAUGCGCUGCUCUUGCUGGCCGAGGGCAAGAGGGAAGACAACACUGCAGUGGAUGCAGAUAAGGCAAAGGAAGACGCCAAGACCCUUUACGAUGCUGGGGAGAAGAAGUGGGGCACGGAUGAAACUAAAUUUGUUGACAUCCUCUGCAACAGAAGUAUACCUCAACUGAGACAAACUCUUGUUGAAUACAAGAACAUCAGUGGAAAGACUCUGCAGCACAGCAUCGAAGGAGAGAUGUCAGGGGAGCUGGAGGAACUCCUGGUGGCUAUAGUGAAAUGUGUGAAGAGCGUACCGGCCUUCUUUGCAGAGCGCCUGUAUGAGAGCAUGAAGGGUGGAGGAACAGACGAGUCGACUCUGAACCGGAUCAUGGUGGGCCGCUCUGAGAUCGAUAUGCUGGACAUCAGAGCCGAGUUCAAGAAACUCUACGAGUACUCUCUGCACUCUGCCAUUGAGUCAGAUCUGUCGGACAGCCUUGGGGAGUGUGUGACGGCCAUCUGUGGAGGAGAGGACUAACUAACACGAGGUCUACCUGAGGACAAGAAGAAUCUGCUUCCUCUUGAACUCACGUCCUACUAACCUGUAACUUGUUUUUUGUCGACAGAAAGACAUGUUGUAUACUUAUAAAAAAAUUGUUAAUAAUCUAAUGAGAAAUCUUAAAAUUCUGAUUUCGAACUUGAAGAUGUCAACUGAAGUUUUAAUAUCAAAUUCUGUUCUGUUUCAGUCUGAUUGCCGAGGGAAAUGGGGAAAAGAGUCUGCUAAAAAUGUGCGGAGGAGAUGAUGACUAACAUCGAGAGGCUUUUGCUCUCUACGGCUUUAUUUUCAUUUGUCAGUUUUAUCAACCUUGUCAACGAAAGUAUCCACAUGUCUUUUGAAAUGCUCGAGGAAACAGCUGCUCUACUCAGAAGCUUAAAAAACGUUAUUUAUUGAAAAAGGAUAUUUCUACUUAAAACCAAAUAAUGACGAGUUGUUUAGUUUAUGGAGAUUGUGGAUUACAAAUAUAGAAAAAGAAAAAAAAUGUUUGGUCAUCGUGUUAUUCGAACUGUAAAUUGCAUCAGGAGGCCCAUUUUUUUGUAUGACAUUCUUCAGUGUAUUGGUAAAUGGAUUAAAAUAAUUGAUUGAAAUUUG